AUGGUUUGGAUAGAUAUUUUCAGUGAUAUAUCUGAAUUUGAAUAAAUUAUUUUGGGUGAUGAUUAAUACCUAUUUUUUUCUUUUAUUUUCAAAAAAUAUAUUAAAAGAUUUUCAUUAACUAUGCCAAAAGCUCCAAAGACAUCUAAAGCUAAGAAGGUUUAAAAGAAAGUAGCAGACAGAAAGAAGAAUCCACUCUUUGUUAAGGAUGCUAAAAACUUCAGAAUUGGAAAUGAUGUCCAACCAAAGAGAGAUUUAUCAAGAUAUGUCAGAUGGCCUCGUUACAUUCUUUUGCACAGACAAAAAAAGAUUUUAUUGCAAAGAAUCAAGGUGCCAGCAGCUAUUCAUUAAUUCAGCAAAACACUUGACAAGAAUCAAAGCUCAAAGGUCUAUUCUUUAUUAAAGAAAUAUGCCCCUGAAACCAAAACAGAAAAGAAACAAAGAUUAGUCAAGGCUGCUGAAUCAAAGGCCUAAAAUUAAAAGACAGAUAGUAAGAAAGUGACAGUCCUCAAAUUCGGAUUGAAUCACGUUACUACAUUGGUUGAAACUAAGAAAGCUAAAUUAGUUUUGAUUGCUUACGACGUUGAUCCAAUUGAAUUAGUCGUAUGGCUCCCACAAUUGUGCAGACGUCAAGAAGUCCCAUUCGCCUUUGUCAAAAACAAGGCUAGAUUAGGAGCUUUGGUUCACUAAAAAACAGCUACUUGUGUCGCUUUGACAGACGUAAGAAAAGAAGAUCAAGCUGAAUUUGAUAACUUAGCUCGUGAUUUAAGAUAACACUACAACGAAAACCAUGAAUUGUUGAGAACUAUUGGUGGUGGAUAAGUGGGAAUCAAGUCAAGACAUCAAUAAGAGGCAAUAAAGAAGGCUUUUGAAAUUGAAGAACUUAAGAAGACAAGUUAAUGAUACAGUAUUAUCAACAUAUAAUAAAAAAUAUUGAAAAUUUAUAUAAAUGUGUCAAGUCUUCUUCUAACUCAUUGUUCAUUUUUAAUGCUUCCAAAAUCAAAGUGAUCUUCAGCAAACUCAUCAAAUCUACUAUUCUUCGAAAAAUCAACUGGAAUAAUGAGCUGUUCCUAUUUAAUACAUGUUUAAAUAAAAUCCGACAUCAAAAAUGUUUUAUCAUACUCUGAAAAAAAAUGCUCUUCUCCUUUUACCUUUUAAAUUUUUGAGUUAACAAAACCACCCAUUAUACUAUUUUUGAAAUUUAAAGACACUAUUUUAGCAACGUUUUUU